AUGUUUAAGAAUAAUGAGAACUCUCAAGAAUCAAAUAAACGGAAUAAUCUAUUUAAUGCAUUUUCCAAAGCGCAUUACUAUUUAAAUCAAAACUGGCUCAGACAAGCUUAUCAAUAUUCUCCUCUCGCAAUAGAACUCGCGCAAGAUUCGGAAGAUCAGGAAAUUAUGGAAGACGUUAAGUCAAACACAAUUCAGCCUGAUUCAAUCAAAGAUCAAGAAGUAAAAAUACCUGAAAUUUUAUCAUUAUUAAAUCAUUCUCAAAAUAAUUCGAAACCGUUUAGUCCUUUGAGCAGAGUUUUAUCUAACACGCUAUUAAUUAAGCAAAAUGUACUCAAAUCUUCUCCUUUAUUUAAUAAUGGAUCUGGAAUUCUGAAAAUUUCAUUAAAGAAGUUCGAAUACGAUACCACACAAGAUUGUUUAGGUUAUAUUCAGUUAUAUAAUUGCGCCAAAUUCAUCCCAAACAGUGAUAAAAUUUGGUUUACAGUACAAAAAGAUAAAAUCAAGUUUACGCAAACAGCAUAUCCAUAUGUAUUCUUCGAAGUCAACAAUACACCUGAAUUGAGGUUCCUUUGCGUUGUUUGUAUAAAAACAGGAGCUUCUACAGUUCCUAUUGCGGUUUCUGUUAUAAAAUUAUUCGAUAGCGAUGGAUUUUUCAUACAGAACAAGUGUUUUUCGAAACCGUUUGUUAAAAUUACUGACUUUUUAACAGAUACGAUUAUUCGAGCAAUAGUUUCAACAGAAGUACGUGAUCCUAUUGAUAUAAACGUUGAAAUAGAAACAUCCCUUGUCGAUAGCGUCAGUGAUUUUACAUUUACAUACUCAAAUCAAAAUUCCGGACAUUUAGUUGUAGUUUCCAGGCCAUAUUCAUUACUUUUCAGACCUCCAAUAAUUUAUAUUACUAAUUUCAGACUGAUUUUCAAGACACAACCGAAAGAAGAUUUAAUUAAUCUAAAAUUCUUUGUUUUGGCUGUUCCUGAUGGUGAACCCUGUCAAUUUAUUGUAUCUCCGAACUCUCCUUACCUCGAAAAACUGUUCAUUACGCUCUCAAUCCCUUCAAACAAAGAAAUAAUUUUCCGGGAUGAGCUCCAACUCUUUUUUGAAGGCAUUCCAACAGAUAAAAUGCAUAUUGUUGUUCAGAUUUCCGGUAAAUCAGAGGUUAUUGGCACUGCUGUCUUCAUGUUUCCAACAAGAUCAGGAGAAAUCACGGCAAACGUGUUUGAAGUAUCGCAAUUACCCGAAGGAUACCUCGACAAGCCUAAGAAUAAGAAGAUUCUUUUAUCUGCUUCAGUGAAAGCCCCUGAAAAUUUAACAAAUGCAAAUCAAUUUUGUCAUGACCUUGCAACUGUUGAUUGGUCGAAGUUCCAACUUGAAACAUUGGCUGAUAACUUUGUUCCUAUUAUAUCAAAUCUCCUUGGAGAGUUAGAUUUUAACUCAGGAGCAAAAUUAGUCGAAUUUAUUGGUUUAUUCCCAGCAGAUAAUGUUGUAUCAUGCUUGAAACAAUGGGCAAAUCACUUCUUUGACCCAACAACUAACUUUGAGAACAUAUUUACAAAAAUACCAAUUGUAUUUUCAAAAGUUCUCGAAGAUUACAUCAAUAAUCAGCAUAAUCCUCAGGUUGUAUCCAUUCCUUUGGCAUUUCUGAUCGAAUGUUUGAAUGUUUGUCUAAAAACUAAAGGAGUUACGCAAAGUUCUUCAAUUUUGAUAACUCUCUUGGUCAUGUCCACGAAUGUAAUCAUUAAAGCAGUGAAAUCCAACUCCACAAACUUCCAAAAUUUGCCAACAACGAAAUUAAAUAAUUCAUUAGCUGAAAUAGCAGUGACAAUCUUGGAAGGUUAUGAUACAAAAGUCUUUAAUGAUGCUAUAUACUUCCAUAUACAGAGUUUAAGAAAGGCAAAUGACUCUACAAAUUAUUCUGUUUAUUUACUUUUCAGAUUUUACAGAGUUCUCGUUGGAUCCGAUGCUUUUUGCAAAUUCUCAACGAGCAAAUGCAAGAUUUCCCACGUAGAAAGCGGAUUUUCGAAUUAUCUCAAAUUUCUUUCACCUUUAUUCCAUUUUAUCUCGAAAUCCUUUGAAUCUGACCACGUAACUCCCAGUAUUCUAUCGUUAAUCUUAAGUAUUAUUUCGACAUUUUCCCAAAAUGCGGAACAAUACUCCGGAGAAGAGAGAACAAGGGUUGCAUCUGCAUUGCUCCCGUUGCUACAUAUCUUUUACACCAACUACGAUUUAUCUAUCAUGAAGAAAAACAAAGAAAUAACAGAAUUAGUUUUUCCAUCUGUUCUUUUCAUCAUUUCUUAUUGCACUCCCAAGGCCAUUAAGGCUUUCUUCGACUCAUUGUCUACAAUGCAGAUCCAAUUUAUGAACUUUUUGGGACAAAUACUGGAACAUAUCAAAAGAGGAAAGAAUUUACAACUUUUGCAUGAUGCAACACGAAGAAUCCUUACUUUCAUAUCUCUUUGUCAGGAUUCUUUCAAAGAUUUGGAUAAUUCUGUUUUUGAAAUCUUCAGAAAUUGCUUUUAUCCAAGCCAGAGCAAGUCCAAUUAUUCCCUAAUUUAUUCUGUUGGCGAAAUGAUCCUGAAUUUUCAGCAACACGAGCAGAGAAAGAACGUAAUUUCUCAUUGUGUCAAUUUACAGCUCAGUAACUCCAAAGAUGAGCGAUCAUUGGGCAUAGCAUUAACUCUUUAUGCCUUCAAGAGUGAUUACGAGAAGUACAAAUCGAUUGUUGUCUCAUCAACAGAUUUUAUGGAUUGUUUGGCCACAAAAUUAUUCAAUUGCAGCGCAGCACAUAUCUUUACAUUCACUUUUAUGCUGAAUAUCCUCAAAGAUAUCGCUUCAAGUAGCGAAGGACCUUAUAAUCAUCCAAGUGAGCUCUCCCAGCUCGUUUUAGAGAGAAUCAACGCUUCAUUCGUAGUUGUAGAAGGCGUAGUAAGCCAACGCGAUGUCGUUUAUCCUGUAGAUGUCAACGCAUUAAAUUUGAUGAGAAUUGCCGAUCAAUAUUACGAAAUGCCGAGUAUGAGGGUCAAAUGGCUUCGCCAAAUAGUAAUUAAUGCAAGGCUCGCCGAAGACUUUUCUUCAGCUUUUGUCGCUCAAAUGCACGUUGUAGCUCUUUGUUCAGCGGCUAAUUCAGCUUUGUGCAAGAAAUUCGACAGAAAUGAAGACGAUAUUGAAGUUCUGACCAUGAGAAGAACUUCUAUUCGCGAAAGAAACGGAGAUUUGUUUUUGAACUGCGAUUUCACAAGUUUCAUACCCGGAUUAGAGAAAGAUUUGAAUAUUAAGAAUCUCUGCGUAUCAGCGGACUUAUUACAAGACUUUACAGAAGAUAUUGUAAUCGCAGAAUUAGAAUUAGCGGAAAAUCUCUGCAGACAAGCUUGUUUGUAUCAACCUCUUUAUAAGAUACACUCAUUAUUGAUAAGAGGAUAUCAUAAUACAAGAGAUUACAAAUCAAUUGCAGAAGAUUUGAAAUCUUUCUCAUCAGAUUGUGGAAAAGCAACGAACAACAUAAUCCCACCUCUUUCUUAUUUCCUUCUCGAAACAAAGGACGAGAAAAUGAAUGUAAAAAGACAAGUUUUCUGCUUACAUUCCAGAUAUUACCAAAAAAUGCCUCAAAUCAUCGCAGAAAACGGUAGAUUACCAAAGCCUCCGAAGAUGUGUCACGUGCACUCCCCGCAAUGUGAAAAGGAAGAAGGUUCUUGCUUGGUUCCGAUAUUCCCCAUUAAAAAAGACGAUAACUUUACAUUUUUUGAUGAAUUUGUUUCGGAACCACAAUUCCUUAAUCAAACCAAUUCUGUUAUAUAUCUUAAGACAGUUAAUCCUCUUCCCUUCUACAAGAUGUCAUCAGAUAUUGCUGUUUAUGAGAUGAAACAAGUUCCAUUGGAAGAAUUAUGUGAAAAGAAGGUUGAAUCAGACAUUAAACUACUAGAAGAAGCUGCAAAUGAGACACAAAGAUGGAUACCAUCACCAGAUGUCUACAUUGAACAACACAUUGAGAAAUUACCGAAAAUUCUUCAAAGUGUCAUCAAUGAAGAGAUGCAUUCUGGUGAAUAUCUAAAGACAUUGUUCAGAUUUGAUAAAGAAACUGUAAAGAAACUCGCAGAAAAACUUGCACCGUACAUGGCAAGAGUUCUUUAUGUCUACACGAAAUCUUCUUCUGGAUUAGUUUCGAGAGAAGCUCAUGAGUCUUUGAUUCCUCUGAAUAAGUUCGCUGUGGAACAGUUCUUGGGAAUUUUCGGUGUGAAACCACCUGUUAUUAAUGAUAAUUUGUUAUUUGUUGAUGCUAUUAGUAACGAAAUCAUGUUUUAA